GUGCGUAUUCAUCGUCGGAUAGUGCCGCGCCUGUGCGCCCACGUUAAACUCUUAUUACGUUUCUUUCUCGCAACGACUGGGUGAAAAGACGGAAAAAACGUGCCUCCCAAGGGGUGAAAUUUUACGCGAGAUGUUGUCGCCGUGUGACUCUGCCCCAAAAAUGAAAGAUUAACGAAAAGAGUAACGGCUUUUGUCAUCCAUUUUAAAGACAAAACGAGGUUGAAUAAACAUAAGUAGGCGCCUGUGCUAAAAAUGACAGUUCGUUUUCCGGAAGUGAUAAGAAGCGGAUCGGAGGUGGAGGGAAGUUUGACGGGACCGGCAAAUCCAAUACCUAGUCAAUCAAUCGAUUGUGGCUGCGGACAAUUGCAAUGCCCAAAACUAGCGAAAUUUGCAACGCGAAGACUCUUCGUGGGAUUAAUUUGCUGGAUCGGUGUAGUGCAGGCUGCAUCGUACGCUUAUUUUCACGUGACAGGAUCCACGAUAGCCAGAAGAUUUCAAAUCGAUCCUUAUGUAAUGGAUUGGAUUCUUGUUGUGGCAGAAUUAACACCUAUUCUACUAGGAUUAAUAGUAGCUUAUUGGGGCGACAGAGUACACAGGGCUUCAUGGAUAGGAGCUUUAACCCUUUUACAAAGUGUCUCGUAUUUCACUUUGAUAAUACCCCAUUUAACACAUCGCGUUCGUGUCAUCGAGGAAACGCAAAACGUCACUCAUAUGUCAUUAUACGCUGAUGACAGUCCAGAAUUAUGUACUCUCGGAUUAUCGAGAAUCAUCGCAGAGGAGGACGACACCUGCUACUUUACUAUGGUCAUCAUAAUUCUAGUGCUAAUCGUAAGCGGGAUAGCAAAUAUUGCAUACUACGCGCUAGGAAUUUCUUAUUUAGACGAUAAUACAAAAACGAAGAACGUGACCGCUUUCAUCGGUGUAAUAAUCGCUGUAAGGAUCGUUGGAAUUCUUUUCGGAUACUUCUUGGGUUGGGGAUGCCUUUGGAUAGACGCGGAAAAUUUCAGCAUUAUAACAUCAUAUCGGGAUCAAAUGGGAGCCUGGUGGCUUGGAUUCCCAAUUCUCUCUAUAUUAUUGGUGAUUCCUGGCUUAUUGCUUUCGUGGUUCCCCAGAAGAUUACCCUCAGAGGUUGUCGAACAAGCCGCAGCUUCACUUCUCAAUGGAGCUUCGAUACGUAACCGAGCACCUCAUAGAACGAUUAAUUCCAAGGUCGGCAGUCCCGAUUUUUUCCCGUCAUUAUGCAGAUUGAUCACCAAUAAGAUUUUAAUGUGCAACAUUCUGGCUACGGUGUUCAGCGCCAUGGCGCUUUUAAAUUUUAUGGCACAGGAGAAUAUCUUUUUGGAGUCUAGAUUUUAUAUAGCCCGACCGACAGGAAUGCUCCGUGGAUUCAGCGAUCCUCUGCCUUCUAGGCUAGCUACCAAUAUUGUGAGACCCGUUCUGAUUGGAUUAAUUAUAAUCAUCAGUGGCCUAGUAUUAGCCAAGGCAAAACCACGCGCUAGAUAUAUUAUUGGUUACAGUUUUGUUAUCGUGCUUUUGAUACUGGCAAUUAUCAUCGCAUUAAUCUUUGCCACCUGCGAGAAACCAUCCAUCAUCGGUUUAGAAAAAGGCUUCGACGAAUUAUGGGAUUAUUGCAACAAAGACUGUCAGUGCUCUAAGGACGCCGAUUUCCGACCUGUUUGCGAUAUCUCGGGAAAGUUCACACAUUAUAAUCCUUGCUAUGCUGGCUGCUCCUCAAUCAUUUACGUCGAUAAUGUGAAGAUCUAUAGCGAUUGCACCUGCGUGACCGAAUGGGGUAAUGACCAAGCAAAAGAUGGCCCAUGCAAUUCAACUAAAUGCCAAGCCGGCUGGAUGUUUUUUGAGUUUGGAACUUUAGUGGUGUACAUGCUAAUUGCAUCCACUUUCGUAGGAGAUUUAUUGGUCAAUAUAAGAUCCGUCUUCAAGCAAGACAAAGCUAUCAGCAUAGGUUUCUGGAUGAUGUGGAUUGCAGCAUUCGUUUAUGUUCUUGGCAAAAUUCUUUAUGAAUUGAUUGCGCGUCAGACGUGUCAAUAUUGGGGCAAUCAAAAGAAAAUUUGUCAUUUACACGAUUCCGAGAAGCUCGGGAAUUACUUGUGUUACCUGACAAUAUUAUUAUUAUCAAUUUCUCUUCUGUUAAAAGUUAUUGUUUGGUUUUUUUGCAAGAAUUUACAGCUGUAUGAAGUUGAAACUAAAGAUCAAGAAAGUGUUGAGCUACAAGAGUUAUUCGAACCAGCAAUAACCGAGCAACUUGAAGCAUUGAAUAACAAUAAUGAAAUGAGGCAAGUGGAGGCAGUUGUUGAAGAGCCAAGGGCAAUGCCGGAGACAGCAAAUCUGCAAGAAAUUUCACCAAUAGAAGAAGAAGGUACUCAAAAGAGCGCGUCUCAUAAACCCAUUAUUCUUAACGGUAUGAUGGUCCCACCCAAGUAUCUGUCGAAUUCGAAUCCUGAGACAAAUCGCAAUUCGCAAUCGACGAUUCGAAAUCUCGAUUCCGAGGACGAACUAGACAGUUCGAGCGACGAGAGUAAAAGACUAUCGAGUACACAAGUCGCUUACACGCCGUUAGGACUUGACUCUGAUGUCGAGAGCGACCUUAGCAGCGUCGGGCCUAGAUCAAGAAAGCGUGUUCCGAGCAAGGAUUACGACGAGACCGAUCGCCCCUCUUCAAAGAACGCGUCUCUGAAACGCCGAUUCCCGAAUCCCGAUCACUACGAGGAUCCACAAAAAGGCCGAAAUUCUAAAGUCAAGGAUCCAAUUGGUUACGAUUCUUCGAAGGCAAGCAGCUCGAAGUUUGCAAAGGAGAGUCAAGAGAGUAACGUUCCCAAACAAGGCGACUUCAACGAAGUUGGCAUACCAAUAGUGGAUCCGUUUCCAGACAAGAAAGACAACUCGGGCAGUACCAACGCGGCGCAUUUGAAGGACGUGAAAUCGCUGAUCGAUCGAUACGAGCAGAACGCGAGUCAGGAAACUUUGGACGAAGAUCGGUUAUCGGUGAAGUCGACAGAGGAUACGAGAAGUCGGCCGGAGAGCAAGAUAGGUAUACCUCUGAUAGCUAUGGUUCCUGGUAGGUCAUCUUCUCGAGGACAAUCCUCUUCAGGCUUCGGCAGUUUGCCAGAUGUACAGGACAAGAACCCUGACUCGCGUUCGGAGGGACCUGGGACUCCCAGUCCGAAGAAUGUCGCUAAAGACAGCAAAGCAACGCAUCAAACCGAUCUUUAACAUUGAGAUCGCGUUUAAGUCAUAGGUGACGUGUGACGCGUAAGAACGAUACGCAAUUCUGCGGAUAUUUAUGGUAGAACGAGUAAUCCGUAGUGGAAUAGAAGCGCUAUCACGAUAAAUUUAUACUAUCUACGAGCGAUAAGAGGCUCUAACUGCCAAAGUACACAAUACUACACAAUACUAUCUCUGACACCUGUCGCCUUUAAAAUAUAAAACCCCUCUGAUUCAAUUUCAUGUUUUGAUAGAUGAACAGUAAAAUUUCAUGUAUGUACAUCCUUUUUAAUUACAAAUCGUAAUAUCAAUAUGCUUUAAUUAUUAUGCAGAAUUGAUGGUGUGCAAUCGAUAAAGAUACCUCGAUCUGUGAGUACUCCAAAUAUUUCUAAUAAAGGAUAACCGGCUAAUAAAA